UCAGCUGGAUGAAAAAAAGACCAUCUAGAUCAUUUUUUUAGUAACUUCUGAAAUAAGUAAAUGAAUUUUCAUUAAUCUUAGUGAUUAAGUUUAUUAGAUCACUGCAUUUUUGUCAACACAGAAAACCCUUUUUUUUCCUCUCAAACUUUUUCACCAAGUAAGAUCAACCAUUUUAAUCUGACAGCAGUACAUUAUUUUCACUAAAUAAUCAUCUCUUGCAUUAGCUAUCAAUCAAACCAACCAGUUCUUGAAGAUACAAUUAUCAACUUCAAAGCCUCUAAACAACAUAUCUUUCUGGAUAAUAUACUUUUAAGGGUCUGCGGUUUUAUUAAUAAGCGACAGACCCACCAAGCUUCUGCCGUUUUGCUACAAUUGAUCGAAACCAAGAAAACUGAAGGGGGUUAUUAGUUUUUUUAGUUUUUAAGGGGAAAUGGCUAUGUUGAGUGAAGGUGCAACUCAAGUUUUUAUACUUGUAGCUUCUUUGGUUGGUAUUGGUUUUGCUUUGCUUCAAUGGUUAUUGGUGUCCAAAGUGAAAGUUUCUGGUGAUUCUGACAAUGGUUAUGAUGAUAAGCUGAUCGGAGAAGAAGAAGAUGGUAUUGAGAAUCUUGAGGUUAUUCUUAAGUGUGCCGAAAUCCAGAAUGCUAUUUCUGUUGGGGCAACCUCAUUCUUGUUUACUCAGUACAAGUAUCUCAGUAUCUUCAUGGCUGUUUUUGGUGCCAUCAUAUUUCUCUUCCUUGGUUCAGUUAAGGGUUUUAGCACCGAAAAUGAACCUUGCGCAUACAGCAAGGGGAAACUCUGUAAACCAGCUCUGGCCAAUGCAAUCUUUACCACACUCGCUUUCUUGCUUGGCGCUCUCACUUCUGUUUUAUCAGGUUUUCUUGGCAUGAAGAUUGCAACUUAUGCGAACGCUAGGACAACUUUGCAAGCAAGAAAAGGUGUUGGACAAGCCUUCAUCACAGCUUUUAGGUCUGGGGCAGUAAUGGGUUUCCUUGUUGCUGCAAAUGGACUGUUGGUGCUUUAUGUCUCCAUCAGCUUGUUUAAACUCUACUAUGGAGAUGAUUGGGAGGGACUUUAUGAGUCAAUAACUGGUUAUGGUCUUGGAGGUUCAUCAAUGGCCUUAUUUGGCAGAGUUGGAGGAGGUAUUUACACGAAAGCAGCCGAUGUUGGUGCUGACCUUGUCGGAAAAGUUGAACGAAAUAUACCUGAAGACGAUCCCAGGAAUCCAGCUGUCAUUGCUGAUAAUGUGGGUGACAAUGUAGGGGACAUUGCCGGAAUGGGUUCAGACUUGUUCGGAUCAUACGCUGAAUCAUCUUGUGCAGCACUUUUUGUGGCAUCAAUUUCAUCAUUUGGUACUAGCCAUGACUAUACAGCCAUGUCUUAUCCGCUGAUUAUUAGUUCAAUGGGAAUCAUCGUUUGCUUGAUAACUACACUUUUUGCUACUGAUCUAUUUAAAAUCAAGGAUGUAACUGAAAUUGAACCAUCAUUGAAGAGACAACUUCUUAUCUCAACAAUUUUGAUGACUAUUGGGAUUGCCAUUGUCACCAUUCUAGCCUUACCAUCAGAAUUCACUCUCUUCGAUUUUGGGACUGAAAAGCUUGUCAAGAACUGGCAUCUUUUCUUUUGUGUAGCAACUGGCCUGUGGGCCGGACUUGUUAUCGGAUAUAUUACCGAGUACUAUACGAGCAAUGCUUAUAGUCCAGUGCAGGAUGUGGCAGAUUCUUGCAGGACUGGUGCGGCAACAAAUGUUAUUUUCGGGUUAGCUCUAGGAUACAAAUCUGUCAUCAUUCCCAUAUUUGCAAUUGCCAUUGCCAUUUAUGUUAGCUUUAGCAUGGCUGCCAUGUAUGGAAUUGCUAUGGCUGCUUUAGGAAUGCUGAGCACCAUUGCCACUGGGCUUUCAAUUGAUGCUUAUGGGCCUAUAAGCGAUAAUGCUGGUGGUAUUGCCGAAAUGGCAGGAAUGAGUCACAAGAUUCGCGAAAGAACAGAUGCUUUAGAUGCUGCCGGAAACACCACUGCUGCUAUCGGAAAGGGUUUUGCAAUCGGAUCAGCAGCGCUGGUUUCGCUUGCUUUAUUUGGUGCCUUUGUGAGCAGGGCAGGCAUCAAAACAGUUGAUGUCCUAACUCCAAAGGUUUUCAUCGGGCUGAUAGUCGGGGCCAUGCUUCCGUACUGGUUUUCUGCAAUGACAAUGAAGAGCGUAGGAAGUGCAGCGCUCAAAAUGGUCGAAGAGGUUCGUCGGCAGUUCAAUACUAUUCCGGGACUUAUGGAAGGCAGAACCAAGCCGGAUUAUGCCAAUUGUGUCAAAAUCUCAACUGAUGCCUCACUUCGAGAGAUGAUCCCGCCUGGUGCGUUGGUUAUGCUUACUCCGCUCAUUGCAGGAACCUUGUUUGGAGUUGAAACUCUUGCUGGUGUGCUUGCUGGUUCGCUUGUUUCUGGCGUUCAGGUUGCCAUUUCAGCUUCUAAUACAGGAGGUGCAUGGGAUAAUGCCAAGAAAUACAUUGAGGCUGGUAAUUCUGAGCAUGCAAAAUCACUAGGCCCUAAAGGUUCAGACUCUCACAAAGCUGCAGUUAUCGGCGACACAAUUGGAGACCCGCUAAAAGAUACAUCAGGUCCGUCACUGAAUAUCCUGAUCAAGCUCAUGGCGGUUGAGUCAUUGGUAUUUGCUCCAUUCUUUGCUGCUCAUGGAGGUCUACUCUUCAAAUUGCUCUAAACGUGCAAAACAAGUUAUAUAGAGCUCAGGCAAAUGUGGUGUUGCACCUGCCGGUGAAACAAAAUCAUGAAAUCCAAUUUUCAGUCAUAUUUUCGACAUGUAGACUAUUCCUGUCAUGACUCAUGACUAAUUUGCAUCAUUUUUGUUAUUUUUUAGAUCAUUGUGCAUUCGGUUGAA